AUGGCAGACUCAAGCGCAUCCAUACGCUGUUUCGUGGAUGAAUCGACUGUAUCGCAUGGAGCCUGGACUGGAAGUACUUCUGAAUUGCUCAAUUGCAGACGAGAAGUUCUUUACGAUUCAAGUUUUGGAAGUCGUUGUUCAAUGAAUGGUCGAAGCCGAGAGAGUAUUAGGUCAGAGGACGCAUCACCUUUAACGCCGACGAGAGACUCGCCGUCAACGCAUGCCAGACCGCAUGCUGCCGUGGAGCAGAAGUACCGGCGUACUCUGAAUAGUAAACUUCAGCAACUCAAUUCAUCGAUCCCGCUUACUGGAAAAUUUGCUCCGCCUACCGGUGAGACAGCCGAGCUUCGACCAGACAACGAGAAGUCAGAAUCUGCCGCAAAACCUGCGGUUCUUGACAAGGCGAUUCAGUAUGUCGCUCACUUAGGAGCAAGUCAGAGAGUGGCUUGGGGAGGACGACUUCUUGCACGACCAAAGCAUGGACAACAAGCAAGAACCUCUAAUGCAAUAGUGUCCGAUGUGCUCUAUCUGGCAUUUCUAGAGAUUGAUCUGGGCAGUUACUGUCCUCGAAAAAUUCUGCGACUUCUGUUGAACAUUGAAUCCGAUUCAAUUCAGAUUCAUAUUCAAUAUUGA